AUGAGCUCGCGCAGCGCUGCAGGUCAAAUGGAAGGGGCAAGCGCCUCAGGCGUGAUGAGCGCUAGACUCUUCGUGGCUGAGUGCAUUGAGCAGGGCCAGAAAGACUACGCUUCUAAGCUUCAGCGGCAGCUACAUCACGAUGGCGACGGUCCUCUUGAUUUUGCAGUGCUGAAUAUGAUGUUCGAUGAGACAGAGUUGGAAUUAGACAUGGGCAGUGAGGGGGAAGCUGCCUGGUCUGUCCUCGCAAGCCAUUCUCAGAUCACUUUUUGCAGUCAAGGGCAAGUCGUUGACUUUGAUGCUGUUCGCGCCCCUUGCGUUUUGCCAACGAAAAAGGCAGCUACCAUGUGGCCUGUGCUAGGUGCUGGAGUUGGCGGCCUUUGGCCGGGCGUGACCUCAGUUGACGCAGAGAUGCGUGCUGUCCUGAUCACGUGCGACGCAGGCCCAGCAAACAUCAAGUUACUAAAGCACCUGUGCGCAUGCCUGCCAGAUUCAGUUGGCUUGAUUCCCACGCUUUGCGCGCAACAUCGCAAUGGCAACGUGAUCGAGCGCGCCACGAAGUUGUUGGGCAUCUUGCCGGGUUGCUUUGCAGUAUCGAAAACCAUGAUUCAAGGUCGUGGAUGCGAACCAUUGGCAAGCGUGUCCAGGAAGUUUUAG